GCAGGGAGAGAGGGAGAGAGAGAGAGAGAGGGAGAGGGAGAGCGCGCGUGCUCAUCAUUGAUCCACUGCAGGACUGGUUUCAGGGUUUCAGGGGGUGUGAGUUAUGGGCCCCUGUUGUCACUGCCUGCUCUGCGUUGGACAUUUCGCAUCGCCACAGUAAAUUUGAAAACGGGGGGAUUACGUUCUGCUGACUGGUGCGUUCACAGCCUCUGCUCCACCAUCAGAAGGACUUCUCAGCCUUUCUGUCUGCAUUUACUGGAUGUGAAGCUUUUUUUUCUUUUGACAAAGGCUGCGGAAGAAUAAAACCCACCCGGAUCACAGAUCACCUUUAAUAUAGGAGAGAAGGGGAAAAGGGGGGGGUGUCAUCUGUUUUUGUUGCUGGGCGUUUUGCGCGCACUAACGGGUGAUGCUGCUGCAACGCGCCGAAGCCGUGCAGGGGGAGAGACAGGUGAGGUGCGGCUGAACAGCAUUUUUUCUCUCAGAGAGGCUUUGGAUACCCUUCUCUUUUUUUUUACUCCUCCGAGAGGAAGAGGAGUCGGUUACUGGAUCCCACCUCGGCUUCUGUACCUGACCAUCUGGUGCGGUUGGAGGUGUGAGGGAUGUAAGCUAGUGGUAAAGAGUGCAAACAAAAGGAUGAUGGGAUAUUGACUAAAAGUUACUUCCAAAUCAACGGCCCCGCCCACAACUCAAGAGUUCAUGUGUGCUGCUGCCAUGGCAACGGUGUCUCCUCCCCUCACAUUUCUUCUCCUGGUACUUCAACUGGCUGAUGGCUCAUUCCCAGAGGAGCCCAGUCCUCUCAGCUACGUCCCCUUGGAGGUGGUGAGGCGGUAUCCAGUGUUCUUGGGCAGAGCUCAUCGCUCAGCUCAAAGGCAGGAACUGCACAUCCAGACAGUUCUGCAAGUCAACCGAACGCUCUACAUAGGAGCCAGAGAUGACUUGUACAGAGUGGAGUUGGAUAACAGGGCAGAUGAUGAGAUGUUCUACAGCAAGAAACGGACAUGGGAGUCCAAUAAAAACGACAUCCAUGUGUGUCGGAUGAAGGGCAAACAUGAGGAGGAGUGCCGCAAUUUCAUCAAGGUUGUGCUCAGCCAUCACGAUAGCCUGUUUGUGUGUGGGACAAACGCCUUCAACCCGCUGUGUGCCAACUACACUAGAGACACUCUGGAGAUGGUGUCUGAGCCUGUCAGCGGGAUGGCCCGGUGCCCGUACGACCCGCGACACGCUAACGUGGCGUUGUUUGCUGAUGGAAGUCUUUUUACAGGCACUGUGACAGACUUCCUAGCCAUCGAUGCAGUGAUCUAUCGCAGCCUCGGCGACAGCCCUGCCCUCCGCACAGUCAAGCACGACUCCAAAUGGUUUAGAGAGCCCUACUUUGUGAGCGCCAUGGAGUGGGGGCCGCACAUUUAUUUCUUCUUCAGAGAGAUGGCCAUGGAGUUUCAUCAUCUAGAAAAGGUGAUGGUGUCCCGUGUGGCUCGUGUGUGCAAAGCAGACCUCGGCGGGUCUCCGCGAGUCCUUGAGAAGCAGUGGACUACAUUCCUGAAGGCACGGCUCAACUGCUCCAUCCCCGGAGAUUCCCAUUUUUACUUUAACCUCCUGCACGCCACGAGCAACAUCAUCCGCAUGCAGGGGAGGGACGUCAUACUGGGUCUCUUUUCAACACCGCCUAACAGCAUCCCGGGUUCUGCAGUCUGCGUGUUUGACAUGCAGCAGCUCGCUCGUGUAUUUGAGGGCCGCUUUAAAGAGCAGAAAUCCCCCGAGUCUAUUUGGACACCUGUACCAGAUGAGGCUGUGCCUAAACCGAGACCAGGAGGAUGUUCAGUCCAAGGUUCCAAAUUUAGCUCCUCGACUACGCUGCCCGAUGAGGUCCUGAACUUUGUGAAGACCCACCCGCUAAUGGAUGAAACCGUUCCUCUGUUGGGACAACGGCCCUGGGUGGUGAAAACUAUGGGGAGGUAUCAGCUGACGGCGAUGGUGGUGGACACAGAAGCCGGCCCCAACAAGAACCGAACAGUCUUGUUCCUGGGCUCCACACGAGGGACCAUCCUCAAGUUCCUAAUGAUUCCUAGUGGGGAUUCGGUCUCCCACAGCAGCGUGUUUCUGGAGGAAGUUGAAGGAUUCAACCCAGAGAAGUGUGGGGAGGACACCCCUCAGGCUCGCCAGCUCUUGUCUCUCACUCUGGACCGGAGCAGCCACACUCUGCUGCUGGCCUUCCCGUCCUGUCUGGUCAGGCUGCCCACGUCCCGCUGCCACCUGCACUCGCGCUGCAUGAAGAGCUGUUUGGCGUCCAGAGAUCCAUACUGUGGCUGGACCAAGGGCAGCACCUGCUCCUUCCUGAGACCUGGCACACGGCUCCCUUUCCUGCAGGAUGUGGAUUAUGGAAACACCACCUCCCAUCUCGGGGACUGUGAUGGGAUUCUGCAGCAGAGUCUGCUGAUUGAACCGGAGAGCUUGGUGUCCCUGAACCUGCUUGUGGCCUCUGCGGUGUCGGCGUUCACCAUCGGGGCGGCGCUCUCGGGCCUCGCCGUGUGCUGGAUCAUGGCUCACAAGCCGGCCAACCGCCGCCACGGCUCCUCCUCUCAGUCGUCCAUCCAGCGGCGUGAGAGAAGCUUGCUGAGCAACACGAGUGGCAUGGCGGGCUCCGUGCUGAGCGUGACGCGGCAGGGAGGCGGGGAGCGCACCUGCUCCCAGGGAGGGGAGACGCUGUUCGUCAUGCCCAACGGCUGGGUGAAGUCAGGAGAGCUCGACCCCGGCUUCCUGCCCACGCCGGAGCACACGCCCCAGCAGAAGCGCCGAGGCCUACGACUGUCUGACUCCAACUCGGGUGGAUGGGACACCAGCCAGACCUACCUGGGGGGCGGCUCCGUCGGUCUGGGGUCACCCUGCAGGAUGCCCCCCUCCGUCUACCUGACCACCAGACUCUUCCAGCAGGGCGGUGGCGGCAGACACGGCGAGGGCCGCGGGAAUGACACCCCCCGCCAGCAUUACGUCUGCCUGAGCAAACAGGAAAGAGGUACGCCCAAAGGGAAGGGGACGCCCAAAGCCCCCCUCAGGAAGUCUGCGGGGGAGUACGUCUACCCCAUGACUCCGCAAGACUCCCCCGAGCGCCGGCGGGUGGUUUCAGCUCCCAGUGCCCCCGCCGAGUACAGCGAGCCGCUGCCUCUGCGCUGGCCGGCCCCCGAAGGAUACAUCCUCAGCAGCCACGGCAUCGUCCCCGUCCCCCUGCCUCCCCCCGCCAUGCCCGCCCCCAGCAACCAGGCCUACCUGCCGCAGCAGCACCCCCCCGGGCUGAGCAGGGCCUUGCUGAGAGGCGCCCUGGAGCGAGGGGAGCUGGGCGAGCUGGUGGACCUGAGCCAGCUGAUGAGCAAGAAAAACUGCAACGACAGAACUCAGCCCGGCCAGUGACUGUGGAGCACAGAGGCUUCCUUCAGGACGAGGGUCUCUGCUUCCUCUUUGCUCUGUAAACCUCCCACCUCUGUUCUCCAGCUUCUACAUCUCAUUGUUAUUUAGCCUCCUGAUCUGCAAACUGUCUCUCAGACGAACCCAUAAUGAGUUUUUCCGUCGGACUGGCUGCUGGCUCUGUCGUUCAUAUCCUGUCGCUCACACUAAUUGGUCGGACGGCCGAGAUUGUUGCCGCGUCUGCAUUGCAGAGCUGCCUGUCUCCUUCUGCUCUCAGCAGAAGGAAGAACUGAAGGAGCCGAGAGGAUAAAGACAGAGGCUAAAAAAAGUGGCUGAGUCACUUGUGGAUAACUACAAGACUGCCAUCCAUCUCUUCUUACCCCCUGUUGCUUUGAUUGCCUAUUUACAAAGUGAAAUAGAAAUCCUGGACGGACCAUGAAACCAUAAAAAGUCUGAUGGAAACUGAAGGGGUUGUAUUCUUCUCACAUGCAUCUCAAGCGUACACCGGGAUGGGAUGGGGGUGGGUGGGUUUGUAUUCUUUGGAAACCUUGACUCGUGUGCCAAAAGCCUCUAACGUGUCUCGUGUACGGGACCAUAACUCACGUCGCCGGAGAGCGAGAGUGCCGGACUGAAACGUCAGCAUUAUUCUUGCCAACUCCGCGCUCUCGGGAAUGACGGCAUAUCAGCUGCUCCCCUGCAACUCUGUGUGCUUUUUAAUGACCAAUAUCCUCCCUUCAAGGACAUUUGGGGGGGAGUGCACCGCAGCACCCAAGAGCAUCUCACCUGAACUGGAAUAAACGACCAACUUGCCUGUCCCGGUAAAGGGUGUGUUUUUUUGAAUUUCUCUGUGACUGCACGGGUCGAAGGCCCCCCAACUGACAAUGAUAGUGGUCAUGAUUGAAACUAACUCAGACAGAGGUAAUGGGAAUGUUCCCAGCAGGCUAAGGGGGACUAUAUAUUCAACCCAUGAAAGUGUCCUGUGCCAUGAAGUGCUUAGAUCAACACAGCAUGGGCGUUCCAAUGAAAGUCAUAAAACUUCAAGAUAAAAAAAGAAGACUUGAUGAUCCUGGAGGGACGUGGAUUUUCACUCGUGCUGAUCCAGUAGUGAGCAGCAAUAUGUGGUUCAUGUGUACAUAGUAAACUUUAAAUAAAACAAUAUUGUAAGACUGUAGCUCCGAAAACGUAGGCGGGCGUUGACCUGCAAAACAAGAAUAAGCAUUUGUCAUGUCGAUAAUGUAUGAAAAUGUGUUUCAGUUUCAUAUUGUCUGGUUCUAAAGUAGGUAAAUGACUACGUGUGUGCCAAACCCAGCUGAUGAAUGACUUAUAGACUUGAACACUACAGCAAAAAAAGGAAGUGCCAUGAAGAAGUCCAUUUCACCCAGCAGUGCACCUCUCUGGUGUGCUCUCCCGUUGCAGUACAUGUUUUGCCUUUGACCUUACACGCUGAAUGUCUGAUUCUCAUUUCGAUGUUGGCUCGUACUGUUGAGAUCGUUUCUUUUUUUUCCGUUGAUCCUGACGCAACUGCUCUGACGCUCCGUCGCAGGAACCACGCAGAUGUGAGAAAAGACGUUUUGUAAUGAUCUAAAGUCACUGUGUCCGUGUACCCCUGUAAGGAUGAUUUCAUAAUCAGACCCUGAGAUGCAUUCUGGGAACACUGUGUAAUUACGAAGGUUUGAUCUUGGUCCACAGCCGACUGCCACACUGACAGAACGUUAAGUCAGCAUCCCGAGUGGAUGAAUGUACUCAUUCUUUUUAUGUUUUUAGUGCCGUAAUGAUGAAAAGCACAAAAAAAGUGUUUCUAAAGGAGCUGUCCUGUACCAUUUGUGAAUAGUGUAAAUAUUCAUCUUGAAUGUAUUGUUCAGGCCGGAUCAUCCUCUAAGGCAGGACUGUGUUUGAAGUGUGAGGCUACUUUUCUUUUUCUUUAUUUUUCUUUUGGUGACAGCUCUGUGAAUAAAGUGUAUGUACAGUACUUAUGUGGCUGAACGCAGAGUUUAGCUGUUUCCUUCUUGUUGUUAGAGUAGAGUCGCGGGUCUCACCUCAGCCUGAGUUGAGCCUUCUCAUUCGACCGAUGCCUGUCACGUUUUUGCAGUUGCUAAGCUACUGAUGAUGUAAAAAUCAGUGCUGCUAAUAAAUGGCAUCAUAUAAUAA